AUGGACUUCCACAGCUUUCCGCCCAAAACUACAGUCAACUUUACGCAUCGCAAACACGAAAUCGACAUCAAGGGACACACGGGACCUUUCCAAGCAAGUGGGGGGCUUGGAGAGCUGCAUUGGAAGCCGACGGGUAUGGUUCCCUAUGGAAAGGCUUCGUGGGAGCUUAGAGACGAAGGGAAUCUUGUCAUGUCUGUUACUAUUGACGAUGGUCAAGUAAAUGGUGUGAUCGACCUUUGGAAGGGUAAUCUAGAUUCCGACACAGUUGAAGAGCUGAUUGUAGUGGGAAUUUCCAAAAUCGAGGAGUACAAAAAGUUAUUGAGGAACUCCAAGAUGUCUCUUGUAUCAGUUGCAUAG